AUGGCUAAUGUUCGAAUGGUUGCACUGUAUGACGUCCUGACGGACGGUUCAUCAUCAGAGGAAGAGAAGAUGCAUCAAUUAGCCGAGUUCAAGGGCCAUGUCAAGAAGGAAUUGGUUCAUGAGCCUUCCAUACCUCAGUAUUUCGAGUGUUUAUGCGAGACACUUAAUUGCAACAAGCAAUCAAAUAAAGUGUUCCUGCUUUGCCACUCGACGCUGUGCUACCUAAUUAAAAGAGUCGCUAUGCAAAGCCCAGCGGCUUUUGACUCAAAAGAGAUCCCGAAGCUAAUAAUUCCACUACUGCGAACUGUUCAUUCAGGUAAUAAAAUAUGGCUUGGUUCUGUCAAAGCGUUGGAGGCUAUUUAUUUGGCACAACCUGCAGAACUCGAGGAAACACUCGAAACAUUGCAGUUGCAAGACAACGAUCGCGUAGCAACUCUUCUGUUCAUAGACGAAUUGGUCCAACUACAUCAGAAAAACAAUCGUAAUCCGCUCGAAAUCUUGAACAAGUUUAACAGGUUGUUCCUCAGUAUUUUAAACGAAAAAGAAAGUUCUCGAUUCCAAGAUUACGAACUUAUACGCGAUAUCUUGGCCAAGUAUUAUACGGGCCAAUCCAUGCAAGAGUUUGCCCGUCGGGUAAGAAAUCCUGAUAUAAAGCAGCUACUUGAUAUUAGGCCAACGUUGCCGCUUGAUCAAAUACCGGUGACUUUGGAUCAGGACACACAACCCCAACCUUCCAAAUUCGAUGUUCAAACAGAACUGCAAAAUUUGUUACAAAAUCAGCUUCUUACAGCGCCACCGGCUCAAUCCAAAAACUAUACUUUUUUAGAUACUCUCCGAAGAGACCUAGAGAACAUGGCAACCCCAUUCAGCCACCACAAAGAGACCGAACAUAAUUGGAGGCAGCGGCAAGACGCAAUUAUAAGUUUACGUGGCAUUAUGGCAGGAAAUGCUCCGUUAGAUUAUCCUGAUGAACUAGUUGGAUCUUUCAAAGACUAUCAACUAUCAGACUGCAUCUCGAAAGCAGUGUCGUCUUUAAGAACGUCUCUCUCGAUGCAUGCCUGCCAUUUAGUCAAGGAAAUGGCUAACCGGUUGAAAGAAAAAAUAAAUCCAAUCGCUGAUGGUUUAUUUCAGUCUUUGAGAAACGUUCUUUCGGCAACAAAAAAAAUUGCGUCCCAAAAUGCUUUUUACGCUGCUUGUGUACUGUUGGCGUCAAUGCAUUUUCACAGCAAAACUUUCCAAGCUUGUUUCCUCCUUUCAAAGGACAAAAAUGUAUCUCCGAGGUGCUACGCGGCUAUAUUUCUACGGCUUUUCCUAAUUCGGUUUCAUACUAGAUUAGACCACUGUCUUGUUUACAUUGAUGAAUGGAUCAAUCGUAGCGCUACAGAUGCGCAAACAAAAGUAAGAGAGUCAAUGAGAACAACUUUCUGGUAUUACUACGUAGCUUACCCUACAAACGCCAGAAAGCUACUUGAUGGUUUCCAACCUCAAAUAAGACGUGCCCUUGAGUCGUCUAUACCACAAAAUUUGCACAUUAACUAUACCACUAGCCAGGUCAAUUCCUCAGAAUCCUCCAGAAGAUCUAGUUUGGGCCCAGUUCGGACGCCUAGCUACGCGGGCCCUACUCAAUCUUCACACAUACAACGGCUUUCUGCUUUAAGGUCAUCUAGUGAUUACCAUCCAUCUAGUGUAUCUCAUCGUAAUAAGCACAGUGGAACAGAUGCUAGAAAAAUUAGCGGCUCAACUGGGACUGCCCCUAGAAUCAGUAAUGGGAACCACCAAGGGCCCCAACAUUCUCCACCUUCAUCAAGCGAUCAAAACACACAAAUUGAUUUAACGGGAGAAAUUACACAAAAUCAUUCUAACACGUUAAUCAAGAAGUACAUGCAAGAGCCAUCAUGGGACCAGAAUAAAGCAAAUAAGUCUGAAAGUGAACUUGACGAGAUUGCUCAUUAUCUUUCAUCCGAGUCGCCCUCAGAAAACAAAUUAGGUGUCCAGCUGCUUCAAAACCUUUGUCUUGUUGGAGUUCCCUUAGAACCUCAAAAGCUGAAGCCGUCAAUUAAACUGAUAUUAAAAAAAGCUCCUCAAUUUUUAGCAGAGCUUUUGCGCGUUCCAAAUUUUCUUCAGUUAAUUUCUAUUUCUGAAGCAAUAGAGGCCUUUGGCAUCAACCAGGUCAGCUCUGAAGGCUUGCUUAACUAUUUUGACAAAGAUGACUUGAUUCAAGGAAGUUCCGAAUUACUUGACAAUAUAUUUCCCUCUGAAGAGCAGCUAUCGCUCCAUUACGUGAAGUUUAGGCGCCAAAUCCUCGAUUUUAUCUUUGAGCUUCUUACAGAUCUCUUUAGAACUGCACAAAGAAUGUCCAAGAGUGUCAGCGCGCCCAUAACAAGUAAGCUUUUUGACCUAUACGGCAAGGACUUCAGUGCUGAAAAAUACUUCAAUUGUAUCUUUCAAAUCUAUGAUUGUGACCAAGAUAAUUUCCUCAGUGUAUUGGAAGACUCGCCCGUUUUUCUCAAAAUUAAAUUCGGGCGCGAGUUAGAGAACAGAGAUCCUCACUUCCACAGCGAGAUACUUGCUUCACGGAAUGCUACGAUUAGCUCAAACCUUGAGGACGAAAAGCACUUUAUGGAACUCACGAUGGUCAAUCCUUUGGAAGCUAGUCAGAGAUCAAGCAGCGGUAACAGCGUCUUAAUUCAUGACUUAAAGAUUGAUAGCAAUGAGAAUUUGGCUGACCCUAAAACCGCAGCGGACAGCGAUCUUCCAGAUGAUGCACAGGGCUUCACAAACUUUGGCGGCCUCUCGAAACUUACCGAAAUGACGAGGGUAGUUAGCCUUUAUGAGAGACCAAAAGAUAACGACAAAGAUAGGAAAAGCCCCUCUUUAGACGUUGAUGGCGAUUAUAAGAUGAGCAUCGAUCUGGCCGAUGUUAAAGGCAAAGCUUCUGAUGUUGAUUUAAGCGAUAUAUUCAGUGGAGAACAAAACCUGCGUAAGGAUCCCACCGUUAAAUUUGAUGAUAAACCUUUGAUAAUACAGCGACCUCAAACAGCCACAAGUGAGGACCAUUCCUAUCCGGAUGACCAAGUAUUGGAAUCUGGUAGGCUCGCUACUGGCGACACAGUUUCAAUGAGCAGAGAGAUUGCAGAUAACGACAAAGGAAUUAUCGACAUUGAUCAUGCAGGACAGGCGCCUAACGAAACUGUGACUGGUCGGAGCCCUUCUUUAUCUGAGAUUAAAAGCGAAAGCAAAAUAGAUACUGCCACAGGCGCUGUUCCUCUUCUGCGAAAGGAUGACCGAAAAAACGUGGGUUUUGAUAUCUUAAGUUCUUUUGCGGAUAGCGUUGGACUAGAGUUUGAAUUAACAGCUCUAGUCACGGCAUCAAAUAUCCCAUAUCGCUUGGGAAACUUGAUCACGAUUCUGAACAAGAUAAAGAAUGGAUCCUUUACGAUCAGGGAUUUAAACUUGAUGAUCUACUUCUUUAUAGUAGGCGGACGUGAAGACACAUUACGUGAGUGGCUUCAGGAAUCAGACGGCUUCGAACAGUUGAUAGAGAUUCAGGGGAUACUAAUCAAAUCAAUAGGUGAUAGCCCUGAGUUUCCACAAGCUUUGGCCACAAGAUGUAUCCUCCUAUUUUCGUGCCUGCUCAUUGUAGAGUCUGCAAUCACAAGUGGCGAUAAGCUUACUGCUCAUUACUCCCGUAAUGUCAGUCAUACCUGGCAGUACAUUAUUACUAUAAUGAGCCAACUUGAAAACUUUGCUAACGAAUGCUACAUCCUCUGUGAUGAAUUGCGGACUUACCUGAUUUCAAAACAUUUUUUGCUGAAGGGUAAUUUUACAAAACUUCUAGAGGAGCUUGACGAGCCAGAAAAAAUCAACACAGUCAAGGGUACGUUCAUGCUAGCAUCGAUAAGACAACUUUACUGCUCCCAUUACGCCAGCCUGGACAAAUCGGUUGUCGAAGACCUCUAUUGUUGUGCCAAAAAUUACUUACUAAGCAAUAUGACAGAACUGCGCAAAGAAGCCACGGAACUGUUAACUGAGCUACAAACAUUUUCGAUCGCCAAUGGGGUUCCUGGGGAUCAAUUUUUGAAUCAACUGUACCCUGAGGAAGCUGAACUUGUCAAGUCGCUUGCUACGGAUAGAAACGCGUAA